GGGCCAAUGGGUGUUUUGCCUGCUUUGAAAUUUGAAUCAUUGAUGCAAGUUGGGGAACUAAAUUAUUACUUUCGUCGAUCGAAGCACUCAAAAAGCAGGGUCUUUUCUUUUAUUCCACCUGAAUAGUCCAUCCCACUGUCACAGAUUGUUCUAGUUUUACUCUUACCUUCCAGUUCUCAGUUCUCACAAGAUUAGCGUUCAUUCAAUUCUCAAUAAUUAAGAAAUGGCGGAAGGAGCUCUGUUCGACGUUGCUAAGCGAAUCAUCGGGAGAGCGGGCAAGUUAGCAGAGAUUCCGCUCAUCUGGGGCGUCAAUGACGAGAUAAAAAAAUUCGUGGUGACUGUUUCGACAAUCAGUGCUGUGCUAAGGGAUGCAGAGAAGAAGCAAAACAACCAUCACGUGAAACAAUGGCUGAAGGGGCUUAAGGAUGUCAUACUUGAUGCGGAUGACUUACUGGAUGAAAUCUCAACUGAGGCUUUACGAUGGGAACUGAUGACCCGGAACAAGAAGGCCAAAAAGGUACGCAUCUUCUUUUCAUCUAACACGUUUGCAUAUGGUCAUAAAAUGGGUCAGAAGUUUAAGGCCAUGAGGUAUAGGCUGGAUGCCGUCGCAGCAGAUAGGAGGUUUUAUUUAGAAGAGCCUUCUGAGGAGAAACAAGUCAGCCUAGUCAGUUAUGAGGCAAGACUGCGGACUUAUUCCAUUGUAAGUGCUGAAGAUUUUAUUGGAAGGGAGGAGGAUAAGAAGGCCAUUAUUGGAUCUCUGUUGUGUGCUGAAGAUGUUAUUGGAAGGGAGGAGGAUAAGAAGGCCAUUAUUGGAUCUCUGUUGGAUCCCAAUUUGGAGGAGAAUGUUUCUGUCCUUCCGAUACUUGGUAUCGGAGGACUAGGAAAGACCACAGUUGCUCAACUUGUCUUCAAUGAUGAAGAAAUCAAGAGCCAUUUUGAGCUAAAAUUGUGGGUAUGUGUCUCUGAUGAUUUUGAUGUGAAGAUAAUUGUUGAGAAAAUCUUGGAAUGUAUACAAAAUAAGAAACAAAAAGGCCUUGAAAUGAACACUUUAGUCAAUGAUGUUCACAAAGAAAUUAAUGGAAAAAGAUACUUGCUUGUGUUGGAUAAUGUGUGGAAUGAGUUGCAUGUGGUGGAUGAUAUGUGGAAUGAGGAGCGUGAAAAAUGGUCUAGCUUGAAAGCUAUUUUGAAGGGUGGCACAAGAGGCAGUGGAAUAUUGUUGACUACACGUAGUGAAAAAGUGGCAGAGAUUACACAAUCUAAGCAACCAUACAAGUUAAAGGGUUUAGAUGAUCAACAGUCUUUGUCUUUAUUUAAGAAGAUGGCGUUUAAAGAGGGGGAAGAGCCAAAGAAUGCAAGCUUUGCAGAAAUUGGGAAGGAAAUUUUAAAAAUGUGUGUAGGAGUUCCGCUUGCAAUAAGAACAAUAGGAGGUAUGCUGUAUUUUCAAAAAUCUGAAAAAGAGUGGUUAUUAUUCAAAAAUGGAUUUUUAAAAAUAUCUCAGAAUGAAAGUGAUAUUUUACCAACAAUAAAGUUGAGUUAUGAUCUUCUCCCAUCAUAUUUAAAGCAAUGCUUUGCUUAUUGUAGUCUAUUUCCAAAGAAUUACAUAAUUGACAAAUCAAGUUUGAUUUAUAUGUGGAUGGCGCAAGGGUUCAUCACGUUGUAUGAUGAAAAGCAAUGUCCAGAAGAUGUUGGUCAUGAGUAUUUUAUGGAUUUACUUAGGAGAUCGUUCUUUCAUGAAGUUGAACAAGAUAAACUUGGCAAUAUUUCAAAAUUCAAAAUACAUGAUCUCAUGCAUGAUAUAGCAAUACAAGUAACGGGAUCAGAGAGCACCACUAUUUAUUCAAAAGAGAAUGUAAUUGACAAGAAAACUCGUCAUGUGUCAUUUGGGGAUAUGUUGUACUCAAAAUCAGAGAUUCCGAUCUCAUUAUAUAGCGCAAGAAGGAUAAAGACAUUUCUUUUGCCAUGUCAACAAAAUUAUGAUACCAUAAGAUCAAAUGAUUCAAUUUCUAGUGUAAUUGUGGCAAGUUUUAAGUUUAUACGGUUGUUGGAUUUGCAUAACACGGGGAUUAAAACAAUUCCAAGUUCUAUCCAAAACUUGAAUUAUCUAAGAUAUCUUGAUCUUUCUAAGAAUGGACACAUUGAGAUGCUUCCUAAUUCUAUUGUCAAGUUGUACAAUUUGCAAACACUUAAACUCUCUGAGUGUGAAAACCUUCAAGAAUUGCCAAGAGAUAUUAACAAAUUAGUCAACCUCAGGUUUCUUGGGAUUGAUGAAUGUUUGGGUUUGACUCAUAUGCCAAAUGGACUGGGCCAAUUGACUAAUCUACAAACAUUGUCAAGAUUUGUGAUGAUUAAGGGUAGGAUUGAUUCAAUGCCUAGGAGUAACGGUGAAUUGAAAGAACUUAACAGGCUAAAUGAGCUAAGAGGAAAUCUAUCAAUUGAAAAUCUCAAACACGGUAAAGAUGCCGCAUUAGAGUAUAAGGAUGCAAAUUUGAAAGAGAAGCAACGUCUUGAUAGCUUGUACUUAAAUUGGGUAGAAGAAGACAUUGAUGAGGCGGGUCCUGGUUACGAAGACAUGUCACUGGAAGCCUUGCAACCACAUAUAAAUCUCAAAGCAUUGAGUUUAAAGCGGUACGGGGGAGUGAGAUUUCCACAUUGGUUUCAGUCCCUCACAAAUCUUGUCCGAUUUAAUUUAAUUUCAUGUAAAAAAAGCCAAUAUCUUCCACCGUUGGACCAAUUGCCUUCUCUCAAAAUUAUCCAUUUGUCCAAAUUGGAUUGUUUAAAGCACAUAUCAGAUUCAGAGAGAGAUAACAGUGAUUCUUUAUUCUACCCAUCUUUGGAGACACUUGAAAUUGAUAAAUGCCCUAAUUUAAAGGGAUGGUGGCGGGGAAGGAGGGAUUCUCUUCCUUCAUUUCCUCGUCUUUCCGACUUAUACAUUAGGGAUUGCCCUCGGCUGACUUCCUUUCCUUUGUUUCCAUAUCUCGAAAGUUUGAGGCUAUAUGGGUGUAGCUUGAAGCAGUCAUGGGAGAGGAUGAUGAUAAACAACAAGACUUCUUCAGGGAAUCUACCAUCAAUUGCUUCUUCUUCUUCUUCUACAAUUGUUGCCCCUCUCUCCAAAUUAAGUUACAUGGAAAUAGAUGAAGCUUUGCCACAGGAGUGCCUACUAAGUCUCAUCUCUCUCCGUACUCUAUAUCUAGUCAAAUGUCCUCUUCCUCAAGGCAUUCGAUAUCUUACGGCACUUCAAAAUCUGUAUGUUUGGAACUCUGAGGUGGUUGAUUUAUCCAAUGAUUGGGAUAAGAUGGAAUGGCAAGGACUUAGGACCCUUCUCUCUUUGCAAUUCUAUAAACUUCCGAAGUUGGUCUCUCUCCCAACGGGGCUUCAAUAUGUCAGCGCUCUACAAAUACUCAGAAUUUCGCAGUGUCCUAGUUUGAGAGCUAUACCGGAGUGGAUCUGCAAACUUAUAUCUCUUCAAUCUCUUCAAAUUAGGGAAUGCCCUAAUUUGGAAUCAUUGCCAGAACGAAUCGGUGCCCUUACCUCUUUGCAAGCACUACAAAUUUGGGAUUGCCCUUAUUUGAAAUCAUUGCCAGAAGGAAUCGGUGCCCUUACCUCUUUGCAAACACUGUACAUUAGAGCAUGUCCCAUCUUACUGGAAAGAUGCAAGAAGCUAAUCGGGGAAGAUUGGCAUAAAAUUUUUCACAUUCCCAAUUUGGAAGGAGAUCUGUCUCGGCAAGAAGAAGAGCCAGAUGAAGAAGAACCAUAGAAACCUGCUUGUCAGAAUUGGGACUUAAUUAAAGCUUUUGGGUGCUGCAAUUGUUCAACAACACAACAACUCACUCACUGAGUCAAUAUUACUAGGAGAAUUGAACUGGGCAACCUUGCCAUAGGAUUCAGCUCAUUGUACAGGCUUUUAUCAUGUACAUUUAUAUAGCUAGCUUUCAACAACAAUAUGUGGCUUUCUCAAGUGAUUUAUCAGUCACCAGACAAGAAGUAGAGAAUAAAUAUAGGGCCCCAUGUAUAAGUGAUGUAGUGCUUUUGAUCUCAAAGUACAUUGAGAUACAGAGAUGAUUGCUUUCAUACAGUUUGCAUAUAGCCUCAAGACUCCUAUGAAAGGUUGAUGAGUUUAUCAUUUAUUGGGCUCUAUAUGCAAAAACCUGAGGAGAAAUGAAUACUAAAGCAGGCAAGAAUUUAAAAGUGCAUGUUUUUUUCCAAACUAGACCAUGCGAAGUUUACACACAAACAAGAAGAAAAUAAUGGCAACAUCAUCAACAAAGCAUUAUUCCCAAGUUUUGAGGUUACCAUGGAUGAAAGCUAUAUAGCUUGGUGUUACCACUCAAAGUAUUAUCUGCUUUUAAGGAUAGCUUAAUUUCAUGGUGAAUGAUUUUUGGACUUCUCAACCAGUAAGACUUCGUUGAACAAGGGUUGCUUGGAGAGUUCCGUUAUUUAAUAAAGAAGGCAUUUCUUUCAUCUUUGGAUUAAUUUCUUAAGGUUGCUUAGCAUACCAUGGAGUUAUAUUAGAGAUAUGGCACCUGUGAAAUAUCACAUAAAUCUAACACCUUGUUGGAAUUUUUUGUUUAGUGCUCUGUCAGAUAGGUUCAGGCUUUCUGGUGUAUUUGUAUUGCUGCUUCAGAUUUGCUGUUGUAUAUGAGUUGCUAGUUUUUGGCUUGGUUUCAAUGAAAUUUCUGCCUGAUUAUCCAAAAAUAAAAUAAAAUAAAAUCUAGCACCUUCUAUUCUUGAGGACAGGAGUUCAUAACCUUUCUAAUGGCUUUCAAAUUGAAUACUAGACAACAACAGCUAUCAGACAGAAGAGAAUAAAUGAUUUUAUUUCCUGCAAUUUGAGUUCCAAAGUAAAAUUAUAAGGUCUUUACACAAAUUGGUCCCUUUUUCUUCAUUUUUCAUAAAAAUUUUCAAUUAUGUUAUAUAAGUAAAUUCUUUUCUGGGCAGAAGUUGGAUUUCAAGGUGAAGGCAAGACUAUUCACCUAAAUGAGUAAGAUCGAUUCUUUUAAACAUGAACUUCCUCUCUUUUUGUUCGCGGGAUGUUGGAUUGGAUACCAAGGCUUAUUUGACUGAACUCACUGAGUAAAAUUUGGCUCAAGGUGAUAUAGAGGUAAUAUUGCAGGGAGAAUUAAUUCUUGCAACCAUGCUGCUGGAAUUAGCUCAUUGUAUAGGAAUUUUGCUGUUUCAAAUCCUUUUUAUAUACAUCCCUCUCAACUACACCCUCCCAGAUGAUCAAAUCAUAUGGAUUGGAAACAAGAAAGGUGAAUUCUCUGUCAAAAGCGCCUUACUAUGUAGCACUUCCAAUCAUUCAUCCAUUUAAUGAGGGUGAAAGCUCAAGAGAUGAUCCUCGCUCCCCUCUCUGGAAAAGGAUGUGGCUCCUCAACAUCCCAGCAAAGAUCAGAAUCUUCGCCUGGCGUGCCUGCAUGAAUGCCCUCCCCACUAUGCAUUUCCUAAGAACCAGAGGAGUAAGCACAGAUGGUAUUUGCCCUGUGUGUGACUUGUGCCCUGAAAAUACUCUGCAUGCCCUCAUACACUGUGACACUGCCAAAGAGGUGUGGAGCAAUUGGCUAAACUGUCUAGUGGAUUAGGAGACAAAUUCUGGGGAUUUUAUUGAUCUAGCACUUCAGUUCAUCACCAAUGGCACCACUCAAGACUUGGAAACUCUUUUUGUCACAGCCUGGCCUAUUUGGUACAACCGGAAUCAAAUGGUACAUGAGUCAACCUCAUCACUUCCCUUCCAAAUCUGGGAAACUGCUAGGAGAACUGUCAAGGACUACAAAGGUGCCUUGUCAAUUGCAUUUCAGCUGAAAUCCAACCCAGCUUUGUGCUGGACUGCCCACAAAUAUGGAAUUUGGCUCAAGGUGAUAUCAAGGUAAUACUGCAGGGAGAAUCAAAUCUUGCAACCAUGCUGCUGGAAUUAGCUCAUUUAACCCGUGUGUCUACAGGUAUGGGGAGUUUAUUAGUUAUUGGGUUCUAUAUGCAAAAGCCUGAGAAUAAUUGAUAAUACAGCAGACAAGAGUUUAUUAGUAGUGCAUGUUUUUCUAAAUCUACUUGGUACAAAAAUUAUGCA